UAUAUACACACACAUACAUACACAUACGCACACGCACAUACGCGCACAGUUUUAAAACUAUGUGUUAUGUGUAUACAUAUAUAUGUAUAUAUCUUCUCAGAUUUUAUUUUGUACUUAAAAUAAUAGGACUUAUAAAUCUGUCUUUUUUAUGAUAAAACUGCAUCGUACUAAAAAAAAGUCGUCAAGGCAAAAAGUUUCUUUUGAAAAUUUUUAAAUUUUUAAGUUCACAGAGAUAUUUAAUGUCACUAUAGAAUCUUCGUCUAGAGAGAUAUAUCAAACUAAUUUCUUAACUAUACAAAUAUAUUGGAAAUCCACCGGAAGUAUAUAUGUUGUAGAACGAAAUUCACUAAUUAAAAUUCGUAAAUAAUGCAUUCUUAAAUAUUAUUAACAAUUUUCUUUCACCGAAUAAUGGCGUUUAUGUUUAAGAUUUAUUUUAAUAUCAGAUUUACGAUAAUUAUGGAGCAAAAUAACGAGCAAGAUCAUUCUAAAUAUAAUAGAUCUAAUAAUCUGCAAUACCCGACUGUUUGUAAAUUUGGCGAAAUACAAGAAUACUUACAUAUAUUUAACAUAUAUAUACAUAUACAUGUUGCGUGAUAUAUUUAUGCACAUACAUAUAUAUGUGUGUCGAUUUCCUCACGCGUAUACGCAUACGUGUGUGUGUGCGUGCGAAUAUAUUACAAAACGUUUGGAAAUAUGGAGAUUUUGGUUAAAAAUAUCGAAAUUUAGGUGUUCUUUUUGAUCUGCAAAUCAACAUGACUGUGAAAUAAGGGACCAGGAAUGUCGAUCUGUACAAUAGUACAUAACACUUAAAUAUAUUUCGAUACGUGUGUGAUACAGAAUUAAUAGAUCUGCAGAUAAAUUAUAUAUAUUAUUCAUUCCACUUUUAUAAUUUAAGUUUCAAAUGACUAAUACAAAUGAGUAAUCACAGAAGAGAUUUAUUUUUGUCAAUUUCGAAGUGUAAACUGUAGAAGAAUAAAGAUAAUUUUUGGAAAAUUUAUUAGUUUAGUUGUUAAAUUGUCGACAAUAUUGCGGAAUGUGCGAGAUAAAGAAAAACGCAAUCAGCGAGGGAGAAGGGAAAGAGAGGAUAAUCGAAAGUUGGAUUGAAAGAAAAUCGAAAGUACCGAAGCGUAACUCAAGGAAGAUAAUUUUUUUUUCGAGAAUUCUCGGCACGUUUCAGCAGCUCGUGGUCGUGCUAACGUAGCGGCAAUUGACUCACGAGAUAAACAUGGUGCAAGAAAUAGUCAGAAGUAAUUGUUGACUCCUUCGAAGGAUUAGAAAGCUGCGGCGAAACGAAACGUAUAAAACAUCGGCGUUGGAGGCUCUCUCUUUAGUUCAACGUAUCGAAUUGUCAAAUUCUCAGCUCAUGAAGAUGAUGAAUAAUUUGAGUACCGUGUUGGCGCUGUUGUGCGUGGUUUGUGACGUGCUAGGUGGUCGCCGUUAUAUUGCGAUUCCCGUCGACGGCGUCGACGGUAUCGACAUAAUCGAGGUGAACUCAAUCGCACCGUCGUUGUCAAGGAUGGCUCGGCAAACGGAAGCGUAUAUGCCGGCCGGCGUUGUUCAUCAGGACGACUCCGAGCGUACAGAGCGAUCAGCCACACGCAUUCUGGAUUACGUCGACUUCGGUGGACAUACCGGGUCCAACGGUGCUUUUAGUUGGUACGCCGACUAUCCGGCUCAUCGUUUAUCAUGAGCUCAUUGCAGCUCAUUGAAAUAAUAUCGGGGAGAAUUCGCAACAUCAUUCGUAUGUGGUAUAUUCGUAACACGCAAUGGAAAUUAUCUGGAAAGGACACAGAAUACAGAUACAGAAGGAAUAGCUGUGAUUAUAUAAGAAUUUGGGAACUAGAAGUCGUAGUAUGCACGAGAAAUACCUUGUCAAGCAAGUUCUUCACAAGUCAUGGUCACAUUUUAACAUGCUCGAGAUAUCGAGCAAUCUCGAGAAAAGAGAAGAGGCACGAAAGAUUCGCGGAGGAUGAUGAUAUGUAUGUUGCAUUGUAAUUAAGUUUUCUUUAUUUUCUGGUACUCGUUAUACAAUUACAAUAAAUAGCGAAGGGGGGAUUGACAACAAAUCUCUUUGUUUUUAUUAUUUUUUCUUCUUUACGUUAACAUUCAGCUAGGAAUCUAUGAAUCUAUAAAUCCAGCGAAAUCGAUGCGUUAAUCGGUGGUUUUCCUAGCCUUCCGAACAAAUCAAACAUCGGAUUCGUCGAUAAAACGACAUAGGUUAUUGUAUAUCGUGUGCGUGUAUGUGUGUGUGGGU